AUGUCAGAUAUAGAAACUUUUAUUAAAUCAAUACCUGAAUUUAAAGAAUCAAGAUUAGCUUCUUUAUAUUCAAAUUUUGAAAAGAAUAAAAUUCUUAAUCCAGAAGGAUAUGAAGCAAAUAUAUAUGCCUGGCAAACAUUAUUAUUAAAAUUAAUUACUUCAUCAAAAUUUCCAGAUUCUGAUAUUUCAUUUGUUACAAAUACAGCUAAUCGUACUUUAGGGGGUAGUAGUAGUAGUGGUGGUGGCGGCGGUGGUGAUGAAUUCAAUCUUUCUUCAUUUUUAAGUAUUUCCAAAUAUGGACUGCCUCAAAAUCUUGGACCAAUAAUUAAUGAAUUAGUUGUUCAUCGGAAAGUUUUCAUACCGUAUUCAUUGUUUAUUAAUGGAGAGAAUGAUUCAGAAUGGGUUAACAAGGGAACCCUGAUUAUUGAUUAUAUAUCACCUAAAUCAUGGAUUAAAUGGGGGAUUAAUUCAAUUUUCUCAAAACAAUAUUCUGUAAUUGAUCCCAAAACGGGUAAUUUGAAACAUGAUAGAUUUAUAGCAUGGGAGCAAUUGACAAAAUUGAGUAAUCAAUAUCUUGAAAUAAUUCGAAAAGAAAUUUCGAAACAAGGAACUUAUUCUAGCAAAUUAUUUAAUAAUCAUACCUUAUAUCAAUUUUUAAAAACCAAAAGCAUCAACAACAACAACAACAACAACAACAGUGGUCAUGAAUUGAAAAAAAUUGAUUUUGAAAUUUUGUUAAAAUAUUGGAGUAUUUAUAAAUCAGUAUGCACGAUACGUCAACCAACUACCAUAUCAGGAAAUGAUGAUACAAUAUAUAUUAAAUUUGAUAAUAAUUUAGAAAUAACUGAUGAUGAUAUUGGAAUUAUAAAUAUUCAACAAAAUUUAAUUAAUUUACAAAAUCGAAAUGAUUAUUUACAAAUGAAAUUAAAUGAAAUUGAUUAUAAAUCAACAUUAUUAACAUUACCUAAAUCAGAAUGGAAAUUUCGAUUGAAAAAAUUAAUGAAUCGGAAAAUGGUAUUAACUAAAUCAUUAAUGAAUUCAUUAAAUUUAUAUGAUGAAUUAAAUAAUAUUCUUGUUAAAAUUAAUGAUUCUGAUUUAAAUUAUCAAAUGUAUCAUCAAUUAUUAAUUAGUUCGAAAAUCUUACAAAAUAUGAAUAAUAAAGUGAAUUUAAAUGAUAUAGAUGAUUUGAAAAUUGAUAUUGAUGAACAAAUUGCUAAAGAAAAUGAAAUUAAUCAUGCAUUAACAAAUGAUUAUAAACAGAAUGAUGAACAAGAAGAAGUAGAAGAUGAAGAGCUUGAAAAGGAAUUGAAUGAUUUAUAUAAAGAAAUUAAUGGAGAAACUUCAAACGAUGAAACUGAGUAUCAACAAUUGGAGAAUGCAACUAAAGGAGAAGAAAAUGUUGAUAAUGUUGAUGAUAAAUUAUUAGAUAAAUUAACUCAAUUGAAAGUUAGUGAGAGCACAAUCAGAGAACCAACAAAGGAGAAACAAACUGAACCUCUAGCAAAUUAG